UAGCGCCAGGUAGACUUGGCGGCGACCGGGCUGCGGCUGCAGAGGCUGAGCUGGCGGAACGAGCGCGGGCGGUGGAGCAGGCCUCGGGGGUGAACCAUUUGAUGUAAAGGACUUGACUCCAUAAUCUGCAGCUGCCCUCAUGCUGUCAUCCGGAGUAGAGACUCAGCCAGUUGCACUUGAUUCCUCCAUGUCUGCCGUGGUACAGGAAUUAUACUCUGAGCUCCCAGUAAGUGUCUCCAAAGAGCUUCCUUCUGGCUCUGAGCCAAGUGUGAUUCCAGAUGUAAAACCUGGGGCCUCAAGUUCUCCUUUAAGUCCAAGUAGGACAUUGCCCUUGGAGCUGCAGAGGACUCAUGUGGAAAGUUGCUGUGAAGAAACCCCCGAGACCUUGGAUCAUGGGAGUGAGGCUGGGUGGUGUGGGCCAGUGGAGGUUCCCACAGCAGGAGGUUCUAUGGCUUCUGGAAUCUCAGAUAGAGAAGAGAAAAUCAAGAACACGGAACUGAAGGUCUUUAGAAAUCAAGGGGACCAGGAGGAAAUUGUAAGAGACCCGUCCUCUGAGGGUGCAAAGGAAGACCCAUCACAUCAACAUUCCACAGCUGCUGAAGAAAAGAUCAGUCCAAGUCAGGAAGACCUCAUGAUGCAGUCCAGCAGAGAACUGUGCACGGAUCUCCCUGAAGAUUUUCUAAGGAGCAAAGGUUUUUGCCAUAGGGCUUGUGUACUCAUUGGAGACAGACAGACAGAGACAUUCAGAGAAGGAAAUGUACAGAUUACAGCUGAAACUCUGCUAAAAUCCUCUGAAGACGUACAAGGUAUGAAGGUCAUUGGGACUAAGACGGAUAAUAAUGAAGGACACAAGAAUGGCCAUGUGAGUAAAGGUCUCUCGGCUGGGUGCAGCGAACACCCAGAAGUAGGCAGAAUCAUGACCAGUGGUGAGGUUUCAGAAACCAGCACGUUAGUUUCCCUAGAGCCUUUAAUCUUUGUGGACCCUGGAUUAACAGAAGCAACUCCUAAAGAAAAAGAAUGUGAAGAAUUAAAAACUUGUCCUUCUUGGUUGUCAUUAUUACCAGGGAACAGUGCCAUUUCCAAAGUGGACAGUGGGAAGGAGGAGUUGUGUAAAUUAAACCUUGUCUGUGAAGCAGAUGACAAUCAUCCACAGAUUCUUGGCCACCAUCAUGAAAAACACAGUUCUGCACAGGAUACAGCCAUAAGAAGUGUAGUUGCUGUAGAACCCUUGGGAGAAAAUUCUGAAGUUUCUUGUUUUCCAUCAAGUUUGUCAGAUUCAGAAUCCAGAACAUUGUUAGAAAAAUGUGGUUUUGAAGGUGAUGAUUUACUGACGAGAUCUGCUGAAAAGACAGACAAUUCCUAUUUUAAUGGGAACGAUCAAAGCAAGAUUUUGGCUUCUAGAGAAGAAAAUGAAGACCAGUUUUUAAAUCCAAGGGAACUCUCUCUUACUAGUGCCAGGCAACCAGAAAAUGAUGCCAGUGAUCAUUGUUUUGGUGAAAAAGACAUUGUUGAUUCCCCGAAAGAAACUGUCUAUGGUAACCAUUGCAUUCAAGACAGUAUCCAUACAGAGAGUUCUAGUUCUUUAGUGCCCAUUUCUUUCACUGAAGCAACGGACAUAAUGUUUAAAAAAAAUGAUUUGAAAAUCACUUUAGACACUCAAGGUAAUUUGACAAAUCCUGUGGACCACAGAGAAACUUUGACCGAUACAAGCCAUCGAGGCCGACACUCUGAAGAAAGCAAUUGUUCCUCCUUGACACAGAUCAAAGAGCCAGAACAGGCAGCCGCAGUAGAGCCUGAUUUAAGUGAAAAAGUUUGCAGUAAAGACCCCGACUCCUUAGUCAGCAACCAGAGAAAUCUGGAAGGCAACCCCCAGUUGAAUAAAGAAUCAUGUAAUAAUUUUUUGUUUGAAAGAAACUCUUCUGUAAGGGUAAUGACAGAGGAUCAGCUAACUCCAGUAAAUGAGGUAUCAAACCCCAGUAAAGACAGUGCUCGAUUACCACCAUCCCUAGAAUUUGAUGACAAACCUGAAUCCGAAAAAACUAUACAGACUUCAUGUGAUGAUAUUCCACGUUUAGAUGAACAGAGCAUUACCUAUGAGGUGAAUAAACCUUUCUGUACCACUGAACUGGUUAUAAAUAAAGUAGAAAGUGAAUGUGUUUUAUAUCAACAAGUGCCCCUUAAUCCCCAUGACCAACUGAAGUUGCCAAUCGACUCCCUACUAAAUAUAAAGAAAGAAAUGCCUUUAGCAACAAGCAAAGAUAGCGAGCAGAGCCAUCGCCCUACGUUAGAGGCUGGAGCAGAUGUCGUCGUUGAUGCCCGCACCAUUCCCAUUAGGGCAGAAAUGGAAGACAUCUCUCUUCCAGGUGAUCAAGCCUGUGGUGCCUCUUCAAACAAUUCCACCUUAAACAUCAACCCAGGAAGCCUAGAAACAAAUGGAGAAACGGCUACUUCAGGAACAGAAGAUCUACAUUCCAGGUUUCUCUCAACUAAGAAAGAAGCAGGUGAUUUUCCUCAAGAGGUCUCUGUCACAGAAUGUCAGAAUGUUCAGUCUCAGGAUGUCUCUAGCAGUCCCUGUGUAAGAAAAAAUGUACCGGAAGGGAACACGCGUUCUGAUUAUGCUACUUGUGAGCCCAACAAAAUAAUCCUGAAAGUUGAUAACUCCUUGACAACAAAAUGUGAAAGUGAAUUUCAGCACAGCAGUCAGCAUUCUCAAGAAACAGAAGGCACCAUGGAAAGGAACAGCCCUCAAGUGAGUUGUACCGAGGAAAGUGAGCUUGGGGGAGAAACUGAAGGUCGCCUUCCGGGAGAUAAGUUCAGAAAUGAAAUGACAGCAGGGAUGUUAAAUAGUGGAGCGGUCAACAAAACCAUUCACGCCCCCAGCCACAUCAAACCCUGUGAGAAAGGGCUAGAAGGAAAGGAACCGAAUAUACCCAAAGAAACUGUACUUUGUAAAUCUAACGUCUCUGAUUAUGCUGCACAAGAACUAAACCAGUCCACAAACAUUCCAAAUCCCGACAGAUUGUUGGACCAGUCUCCUGCCAGUAUGUUCUCCAGUUUUAAAAACGUGAACCAAGCAAUGGAAACUCUUGAUCAGAAGGCAGAUGGAGUCCUCUGCUGCCAGAGUAAGCAGCACAGACCAGAUGAAUGUGAAGGCAAUAGCGAAGUUCAGCCAUCUAAGGACCAGAGAGAUACUGUCCCAGAGCCUAACAGAGAGGUGGACCACAACCAAAAGGAUCUGCUGAUCAGUUCAUGCAGUGAUGACCCAUUGUCUUGUGGUAGUCCAGAGAAAGGCCAUUUAAAAGGAGCCUUUGAAAGUAAUUCUGGUUGUGAAGUGUCUACAGAUGGUAUGGUAGAUAUUGUCUGCACAGAUGCCAGCCGUACAUCUAUAGAAGGCAUGCUGGGUGUGAAAGCACCUGGUACACUUCUUAGUGGUACAGGACUACAUAGCCUGGCAUCCCAGGAAACCUCAAGGAGUACCUUGUCUCAGAAAGGAGAACCAAAUGCUGCGUUUAUAGAAAUAGCUGACCAGGACUCACGCUUCCCAGAUGCUGCUGCUUCUACAGUGGAAUCCCAUGAAAUAAACCAAUCAUGUAAAGAGAAAGUAUGUAGAUCUUUAAGAAAUUGUGACAUGGAAGCUUGUCCAGACUCUUGUGCCGAUGAGAUAGAGUCCAUGGCAGAUCAUGAACUAAAUACAGGAAUAUCAGAUAGAGUAGAUGUGUCUUUACAUUAUAUUAAUCAUGAACACCAAGGUAAAGGGGCAUCUCUGAGCGAAACACAAGGAGUGACUGGAGGAUCGAGACUGGAAUUUAAUUCUGAGUUUGGCAAGGAAACUACCUUUGGAACUUCCUCAAAAGAGUUGGUGUCUUCUAGAUGCCCAGAUGAGAACUCUGUUCCCCUAGGAAGCCUUGAAUCCAUUGAGGCCACGCCUUCUUGUCUAUCAUCUCAAGACAAUUUGGAAACCAAUAGGAAUAGUGAAGACACUGACCUGGAAAGUCUUCUUAAACCAGAAGGUGGCGAAAUGCUUGGUGAGCAUAUAAAGCACUGCCCAGACCUGCCUGAAAUGAAGGAAAGUGUAUCGAGGGAUAUGAGUAAUCCUAGUGAAGGAGGCAGUGUAUACAUCAGUGUGGAAAAGAACGCUUGCGAAGCUUGUCAUCCUCAUGAGAAUUCCACGCAUAGACAUUUACCUGUGACAAUGGAAACAGAAACUAAAGAGAAAGGAGAAGAAACUGAAGGACACCUGAGGGGCCCACUGAGUCACUUAACUGUUGGGCAGGUAUCUGAAGAGAUGGUUACCAGAGAUGAUGGUGAUGAUCAUACGGGUGAGAUUUCUCAGACCCACCUUAGACGCCAGAAAGUGCUUGGUGACACCAAAAAAGAACCAGGCCAGAGGGAUUUGGAUUACUGGUUGCAGAAGGAAGAGAAAGUUAGACAUCAAAAAGAAGCACGUAUAUUGGAACAAUGCACAUCAUCUAAUAAGUUGUCACAGGAGACACAAAACAGGAGUCCACCUAAGGUUGACAAAGAUGAGUCUGCCACAGUAAAAGACAUCACUCGGGCAGAUCUGGCCAAAGGUGACGUUGCUGCACGGUUUCAGAGGUUGAAAGACCCGGAGGAUGAACGCUUAUGUCAUUCGUUAAAGAAAAACAUUGAGUUGUACACAGGCCCUUGCCUUCCUGGCACCCCCUGGAAAGCACAAGACCCCAACUUUGCUGAGAAUGGUCAAAUACACGGUGCCUUUGUGAACACUUCACAUCAGAAAAGAAUUUUCCCCUUGAAGAAGCAGCCCCAUCGAACAUGUAAGAAAGUUUUGUGUCAGGAGCCAGUGAGUCUGGGGAGAAAAAUAAGUAAAGUCAGAGGUUGUUCUGCCUCUCUAAAGAGUCCCUCCAGUCUCAUCCCCACAAAAGCGCAUAGACUUCUGAGUUCACGUGCUGCAUCUGCACCCACGCCAUUGGAACCCCAAGCAGCAGCCACCAGGAGCUUGAUAAGUCACAUACCAAAGCAGAAGGCUACUCCAUGCCACCCCUUGAGGAGCCUGAGUUUUAGAAAGCCUACCAAAGAAUUAGCCUUACUAAACAAGCUGUCUAUCCUCGCCUCCAAACUAGCCCCAGCCGCUAAGACCCCGAAACUUCGGUAUCGGCGGUGUUCCUCCGAACUCCUUCCCAUGGCUAGAAGCUAUAAGCGCCUCAGAUAUAAAAGGCUCCUGGAUGGCUUUUCAUACAACACAAUGCAGCUGGAUCCGUAUUUGGCAGCUAGUGGAUGGGAUAAGAGGCCUCACAGUAAGCCCUUGGCACUUUAUUCUCUCGAAGCCAUCAAAAUGAGCUUCGUAGAUUUGAGCAACAAGAUGCCGUCACUGCUGUUUGGUUCUGAAGUCUUCCCCAUAUCCUUCCACGUGAAGUCGGGCUCAGAGUGUGUGGCGGAGCCCUCAAGGACUUUUCCUGAGCAUUGCGCUCCCGCCAGGCUUGCCUUAGGAGAGGCCCCCCAGUGCCCUUCUCAACCUCCCAAGUGGACCUUUUCUUUCUUCCUGACCCAUGGUUGCCCUGGGAUGGCCACGUUCAGGGAAGACUCUGGCCUCCACAGUCAGGCACACACUCAGACUCCUCCACAGCCUCCAGCUCCUCUCCAUGACUUCGGAGGCACUGCCAUAGUCCAGACCAGAGCUGACUGCUCUGCCCUUGGCCUUCACACGCUUCUAGCACUUUGUUCCCCGGGAUGUUACCGAAUCUGGACAAAAAAACGGAGCUUCUCCAGUCACAUGCCUACCCUGCAGAGGCUCCUCAUGACUCAGUUUGCACAGGGCUUGAAAGGGUUAAGGUCUCCUGCCUCCAUCGCCGACAAGGUCUUCUGUUCUCUGCCCUACUCGGUGGGCAGGGUGCUGUCCAUUUGGAGCCAGCAUGGGCCUUCUGCCUACUCCUUCGAAAUCUCUGCUCUUCAUUCCACUCAGAGCAAGCUGCCGGCAAGUCUGGGCACCACAAGCAGCAACACCAUGUUACCGUAUGUGCCUCUUCCAGGCAUGGGAGCUACUUAUGCCAGUGGCAGUCAGCUGAGGUUAGAGCCUCCAUUCCCUGCCUUGGUACCAAAGUCUUGCUUGGUAACAGACCCAGCAGUUGGCAAGCUCCUGCUUUCAGCCUCUGAGUUCCAAGUUCCUGGGUUUGAUGAACUGGAUAGUGUGACAGCAGCAUGUCCCCGACCUCAGAGCACCCCUCCUAAACAGAAAGAGGCUGACCCAGAGAAGAGGCCAAAGAAAGUCUCACAGAUUCGCAUCCGGAAAACCAUUCCUAAGCCAGACCCUAAUCUUACCCCCAUGGGCCUCCCUCGACCCAAAAGGUUAAAGAAAAAGGAGUUUAGUUUAGAAGAAAUAUAUACCAACAAGAAUUACAAGUCUCCUCCUGCAAACAGGUGUUUAGAGACUAUCUUUGAGGAACCCAAGGAACGAAAUGGUACACUGAUCUCAGUCAGCCAACAGAAGCGGAAGCGAGUUCUAGAAUUCCAGGACUUCACAGUCCCACGAAAGAGAAGAGCUCGAGGGAAAGUCAAGGUGGCUGGCAGCUUCACCAGGGCCCAGAAAGCAGCUCUGCAGAGCCAGGAGCUGGAUGCUCUUCUGAUACAGAAACUAAUGGAACUGGAGACCUUCUUUGCCAAGGAAGAGGAACAAGAGCGGUCGUCAGGUUGUUGAGAAACCAUUCAAUUUGGGGGGUGGUCUCAAUGUUCGAUUUCUUCUUUUUUUUUUGGACCUCCUUAGAAGAGGUUGCCUAAUUUUGUCCUACUGCCCAAACCACUCAAAAUGCAGUCCAUGAAUUAUGACCUAUUUUAGGGUGCAACCUUUUUAGGAACUGGCGAAGGAGAGUCCUCUACUUCAACUGCUGAGUAUAGAACCUCAGGAAUGUUCCCUUUCUCCUGGAAAUGGUCCUCAGUGACAUCCGGCCACCUCCUCCCAGUCUCUGCCAUCCACAGGAGAAAGAAGCAGCAUAUCUUCAGUAACACUAGGAUUCCAAGGACUCACAGCAUUUGCACAGCAUCUGCAUGUCCAUAUGAAAGUUUUGCUUUGUUUACGGUGGUGCUAGACCAAGAUUAUUUAGAAACAAGGCCUAGGGAGGGGGACAUGGCAUCCUGUCCUGCGUGGUCUCACUGGCUCAUUUCGUUAGUUGAAGAAAGAUGAGCUAUUAUGUUUUCUCAUCGUUUUGCCUCUGUCCACUCAGAACCUAUCUGUGUGUGUGUGUGUGAGAGAGAGUGUGUGUGUGUGUGUGAGUGUGUGUGUGUGUGUAUGUGUGUGUGUGUGUGGCUUUUCCCUCUCUGUGACUGUGGGUCACUAGUGCCAGAGGAGCCCGUCCAGGCCCCAUUCAAAGUAAGUUGCACUUUUUAAUGUUGUGGUGUUACUUUCAUUAUUUUAUUUCCUCCUUUCUUCCCUUUUUUUUUCUUUUUUUUCUUUUUCGGUAUUAUUAUUGUUGCUGCAUGUUUGGAGCCUUUAAAUGUGAUUUUAAAACUAUUUUUAAAAGACAUUAAGAGGAAGACAAUAGAUGUCUUAAGAAUACAUGCUAGGCAUCAGACUCCGUUGAUCAGUGCAUGGAAGAGACGUUUUCCCACUC